UUCUCACUUUUAUUCCUCCUACUCUCCCCACCCCGCUGAAACAGAAUGGCUGAGACGACGUUGCUUCAGCUACUCAGACUCCACCAGGACGAUGACGGCCUAGACGACGUCAUUGAAGAAGUAGAUUUUUCUCAUCAUCAAACCCAUCCCCACCGCCAUCAUCUCGAUCCCUACUGGUCUUCCGAUUUCGAUGCCUUCACUUUAGAUCCCUCCUCCGAUUUCCCACCGUCCGAUGUUCUUCCCCGUGGCCGACUCUCCACUCUCCAUCGUUCAUCAUCAAUAUUGGUUGAUUCCCCCAGCGACAUCGUGUCGGAGCCCGAAUCGGUUGUCACCAGCGCUGAUCUUUUCGACCGCGAGAAUCAGGUCAAUUUCGUUAUGGACCUCCUGCACCAACGAGUUGAGCAGUCCCAAUUGUCCUCCACAACCUGUGUGGUGAUUGACCCGGAGAUUUCUGAUGCUGGCCCGAAUUUCGGGAUUCAUGAAGGAAACGACGGAAUGGAGCCGACCCAUUUGGAUCUUGAUCUGAAUCUAGGGUUUCUCGGAGAGCCCACUUCGGCAAAUGUGGAAAAUUCGGGGUUCGUAGCUGAAAAUUUUGAGGGUGGGGACCAUUUUGUAACCGGGUUGCGAGUCGUGGAUAUCGGGUCGGAAUCGGAUUCUGAUAUAAACCAUGACGUUGAGAUUGAUUUUAGUGCUGACGAUGAUGAUAUAAGUGAGGGUGAUGAUGAUCCAAGCCUUAGGCUCUGUUGGGAUUCUUUUCAGAUAGAGGAUCAUAGAGAAGUUAAUGAGGAUUUUGAGUGGGAGGAAGUGGAUGAAGGAGUUGAUGAGAGAGAGGUUCUGAGCAUGUUUCUGGAUGAUGAUGACAUGCCGGUGAUGGCCCGGGAGGAGAGUGCAGAUGUAUCUAGGAAUUUGGACUGGGAGGUUUUGUUAGAUGUGCAGAAUUUGGAAGCAAUCCCCGAGAAUGUGAAUGAAGGGUUCAAUGAGUUGAAUUUUGGCGUAAACGAGCAUGAUGAGUACAACUACACCGCUGAGUAUGAGAUGUUGUUUGGGCAAUUUGCAGAGAGCGAAAAUGCCAUAAUAGGCAGGCCACCAGCUGCUAAGAACGUUGUAAAGAGUCUUCCUUUAGUGAUUUUGUGUGAGGAGGAUUUGAAAAAGAAUAGCUUGAUUUGUGCUGUUUGUAAGGAUGAGAUGGGAGUUGGUGAGAAGGCAAGGCAGCUGCCUUGUAAUCAUAGGUAUCAUGGGGAUUGUAUUCUUCCAUGGCUGGGGAUUAGGAAUACAUGUCCUGUUUGUAGGUAUGAGUUGCCUACUGAUGAUCCAGACUAUGAAAGGAGGAAGAGGGACCAAAGAGCUACUUGAGUGAAUUGAAGAUUUCCUAGGUGAUGGAUGCUUGGAGAUGGCAUCAUAUAGUUGCUGGGGGAAAUUGACCUCAGAUCUACUGAUGCUGCAUAGAUUCUUGUGGCUCUACAAGACAACGAAGUUUGUUUACUGAAAGCCCCCCAAAAGGGAUCAGCUGACCCAGAAACUUUUAGUUGAGAGCUCUGAAUUGAACAUUCCUGAUGUGUGUUUGAGUAUUUAACUUGUGCUGGAGUCAAGGACUCGAUUGGACAUGGUGAAGAUGGCUUAAAAAGAAGUUAGGGGAUUUUACCAAGGAUUUGUUUUUCUUCUAUAGAGGUAUACUUUCAAAAUACUGCAUGACAUGAUUUUUGCAGGGAGCCUUUCCACUGGGGAAGAGUUACAUAGAAAUGUUGGAUGUAAUCAAAGCCCCAUCUGAGUAAAAGAGAUUUGGGUUUAGGGUACAGGUCAAAGGCAUAGAAAGUGAGGACUAUUACGUAGUGGCUACAUGAUACAGUGUAUUUGUAAUUUUGGAUGAAAUUCUAGCUGUCAAUCUUUUACUUGCACCAUAUCCCCUGUGCUGUGGUAUCACACAUAUUGGGUUGACUACCUUCUUCUUGCCC